GGGCAACAGGAUGGAGGGGUAGAUUCGAGGUUAGGGGAUGAUGGACGGGCAGUGGAUCCCAGGGCAGGGACUGGCUGGCUCCGGGGGGGGCGGGAAUUGGGACCUUUCCCCCCCGGGGGCGCAGUGCCUCACAGCCUGUGUCCAUCCCUCUACAGGAUCCUCCUACUCCAAGCCCUCCAUCUCCCUCAGCCCCAGCGGGGAGAUCGCGCCGGGGACGGACGUCUCCAUCUCCUGCCACGGGCCGCGGCAGGGUGUGCGGUUCAAGAUGUACCGGUCGGGGGUCGCGCGGUGGCACAUGGAGCCGGCCGGCUCGACGGCCGAAUUCGCCAUCCCCAACAUCCGGCGGGAGGAUGGAGGCACCUACACCUGCAGCUACGAGAGCCUGACGGAGCCACCUGUCAGCUCCCCCCACAGCGACCCCGUGCAGCUGGUGGUAGCAGGGGGAACCAACCCGACCCAGCCUGGAGCAGCGCCGGCUCCCACCCGCCCGGGCAGCACGGGGCCAACUCCAGGUCUGACCAGCCCCAUCAUCGCCGGGGCGAGCGCAGCAGCCGCCGGCCUCCUCCUCCUCCUCCUCCUCCUCCUCCUCCUCGUGGCCUUCGUCUGCUUCAGAAAAACCCGAGCCAGAAAAGGAGCCGCACCGAGACCGAGCAGCACCAUCCCCUUGGGGGUGUUGAAAGCUCUGGCUCAGCAAGACCCCAUCUACUCCCCCAUUGACGAAGGGAAAGAGAGACAGACCCUGCCUCAGGAGCCCGACCCUGGCACUGAUGGUCUCACCUACGCCGAGCUGGACAUCCAGGCGCUGCACGCCAAACGGAGGGGCCCGGACCCUGCCCCUGAGCCCACCCAGCCCAGCGUGUAUGCUGUGAUCAACGUGAGCCGGGGGGCCCUGCAAUGAGAGUCCCCUGCAGCCA